CCGCCUCCCAGGCCAUAUAGAUUCCCUUUCGCUGUCGUCCUCCACCACAUUCAGGUGAAAAGCACUCCUGAGACAGAAACGAUGUUCGCCGGUAAAUCUCGCAUCAGCUUUGCCAUGCUGCUGGCAGUGGGACUUCUGUUUGUGCCCAUUUUAGAGGCCUCCGGUGGGAUGGAUAACAGCACCUUCUUGUACUUUAGUUAUGGGAGCAAUCUGCUUAAGGAGAGGCUACAGUUGAGGAACCCCUCUGCCACGGUCCACUGCAUCGCCAGGCUGAAGGACUAUAAAUUGGCCUUCGGUAACCACAAGGGUUUGGCCAGUGACCGCUGGCAUGGAGGCGUGGCCACGAUAGAGCAUAGUCUGGAGGAUGAGGUGUGGGGGGUGGUAUGGAGGAUGAACAUUUCCGACCUAGAGUCCUUAGACAGGCAGGAGGGUGUGAAGCUUGGAGCCUACAGCCCAGCGGAGGUGUCUGUGUGGACCCGCGGACAGGAGCUUGACUGCCGGACGUACAUCAUGAACAGCUGUGUGUACGCUCCUCCCUCUCCGCAGUACCUGAAGGUGAUCGUCAUGGGAGCUGAGCAAAAUGGCUUGCCUAAGGACUACCAGGAGAAACUCCGAUCCAUUGAGACCAACAAGUACGAGGGGCCUCUUUCCGUGAUGACGGAGAUCGAGCGUGCCAUGAAGAGAUCAAAGGAGAGAGCGAACCAUCGGUCGGAUGCGUAGCUCUGCGAUGAAGCACAUAUCCCUGUCCACCAGUAUCCAGGGAGAGUAACUUGAGCGCUUUAGUCAGCACUGAGAAGCCUCUUUGUCUUUUUUUCAGGGGAAACACAGAGAGAACGCUGGCAGACUUUUACGUAAUUCUUUACAUUUUUAAAGUGCCUUAAAAAAAACAAAGACCUCUCUGAGGCACAGAAACCAGAGGGUUCUUGCACAGAACUUUUCUUCCAUGUACAUUUAAACUGGGUUUAAAGGGAUUUUCUUUCUUUUGAAAAGGGUAAAAACAGAUCUUCCAUCCACAGAACCUUUGUCUUGGUCACAAUAGCCUGGUCAGGAACGCAAAUGCUAAUCAAACCUUUGUAUACUGUAGUAGUAAAGUAAAAAUAAAGUAUCAUAGGAUGUU